AUGAGGUCGUCACGCGCCGUGCUCGUCUUCGCCUUGGCCACCGUGCCGCUGCUCCUCCUCGCGUCCGCCGCGCGCGCCGACGACGACGGCGGCGGGUGCGGUGCGGACGGCGGCGAGGCGGCGCAGGGCGACCGCGCGCGCGCCAAGGCGCUCAAGAUCGCGGCGUUCUUCUCCAUCCUGGUGUGCGGCGCGUUGGGGUGCUGCCUGCCCGUGCUGGGCCGCCGCGUACCGGCGCUGCGGGCCGACGGGGACGUCUUCUUCCUCGUCAAGGCGUUCGCGGCGGGGGUCAUCCUCGCCACCGGGUUCAUCCACAUCCUCCCCGACGCGUUCGACAAGCUCACCUCCGAGUGCCUCUCCGGCGGGCCGUGGCAGGACUUUCCGUUCGCGGGCCUCGGCGCCAUGGUCGGCGCCAUCGGCACGCUCGUCGUCGACACCGUCGCCACGGGCUACUUCACCCGCGUCCACUUCAGGAACAGCGCCGGCGCCGAGGCGGCUGCCGUGAGCGUCGCCGCCGUCGGGGACGAGGAGAAGCAGCAGGCGGCCGUGGCGUCGGCGGCGCCGCACGUCGACGACGACCACGACGGGCACGUGCACAUGCACACGCACGCGACGCACGGCCACGCACACGGCUCCUCGGCGCUCGUCGCCGCCGUCGGCGGCGCCGAGGGCGACAAGGAGGAGCACGCGCUGCGCCAUCGGGUCAUCGCGCAGGUUCUUGAGCUUGGCAUUGUGGUUCACUCAGUGAUCAUCGGCAUCUCCCUUGGCGCGUCCGAAGACCCGAGCACCAUCAAGCCUCUGGUGGUCGCCUUGAGCUUCCACCAAAUGUUCGAGGGCAUGGGUCUUGGCGGCUGCAUCGUUCAGGCCAAGUUCAAACUGCGGUCAAUUGUGACCAUGGUGCUCUUCUUCUGCCUGACGACGCCGGUGGGCAUCCUGGUCGGGAUCGGGAUCUCGUCGGUGUACAACGAGGACAGCCCGACGGCGCUGGUCGUGGAGGGGAUCCUCAACUCGGUGGCGGCGGGGAUCCUCAUCUACAUGGCGCUGGUGGACCUCCUGGCCGAGGACUUCAUGAACCCCAAGGUGCAGAGCAGGGGGAAGCUGCAGCUCGGCAUCAACGUCUCCAUGCUCGUCGGCGCCGGCCUCAUGUCCAUGCUAGCCAAAUGGGCUUAA